AUGAAAGGAAUCAGAUCUCUUGGAAAGGUGGUGUAUGUGACAGCGUUGAUGCCGUACUUCCUACUGCUGGUGUUGUUGGUGAGGUCGUGCACGAUGCCGGGUGCUGUGGAUGGGAUUCUCUUCUACCUAACCCCCAACUUCAACCUCCUUCAGCAUCCUCAGGUGUGGUUAGAGGCCCUGAUGCAAGUGUUCAAUUCGGUUGGUACUGCCAUGGGAACGGUAAUCGUCAUGGCGAGCCACAAUUCAUUUCAUUCAAAUCUUAUAAGGGACUCUAUCAUCGUGACUGUAAGUGGGGCGUUGACGAGUUUAUUUGCUGGCCUCGUGGUUUUUGCAACAGUCGGUUUCCUGGCGCAUAGUCUACAACAACCUGUAGUCGACGUCAUCACAUCCGGUCCUGGUAUAGGGUUCAUCGUCUACCCAGAAGCACUUGCUCUACUUCCGCUUCCUCAACUCUGGUCUGCCUUUUUCUUUGUAACAGUCCUGAUGAUGGCGAUCGACUCAUUGGGAGGAGUCUACGCAUAUCAGUUAACCGACUGGUACACUUGGGCAGUGACCAGUUUCGUCAUUGCCAUACUUGAAUGUGUGAUCGUUGGCUGGUUCUACGGCGCCGAACGUUUCUCAUCUGAUGUGGAGGCCAUGACCGGAAAGCGCCUGCCUGCAAUCUUCAAGACAGUGUGCUUCAUCAUCCUUCCAUUGCUGUUAACUACUGCCUUGGGGUGGACGUUGUCUUCCUACAUGCCGCCUAAGUACGGAGAAUAUGACUACCCCGAAUCUGCCCGUGUCUUCGGCUGGUUUAUUGCAGUCCUACCGAUUCUUCCCAUACCAGUUACCAUGGUGAUUGAAGUAUUCAAGAGGGAAGGGUCCCUGGUUCAGCGUGUGAGAGCAGCCACGAGACCCAGCUCUGCCAGGACACGCUACAGACAACGACACUGCGUGGAGCUUACACCUGAGUCUGCAUCCUUGAAGGACAACUUCCUGUUCAUCUUCGGUCGAUAA